GAGACCAUAUUGAACAGUGUUGGCAUUGUUCCUGAACGAAAACAAAUAGGGGCUUCUUCAGUUGUCUGUGUGUAACACCGCUAGGGUUUCGCAAGAGCGAUCACAAACGAAGAUGGCAAUGGCUGCUGUUCUGCGUCGCGAAGGGAGGCGUUUGACCCAACCAAUCAACGCUCUCCAUUCCUCUCUCAUCUCUCAAGACCAAGCUCCUCAUGGUUCGCGCUCCGUUUCCACCCAAGUAGUGAGGAACCGAAUGAAGAGUGUGAAGAAUAUCCAGAAAAUCACCAAGGCCAUGAAGAUGGUUGCCGCAUCCAAGCUUCGAGCCGUUCAAACAAGAGCUGAAAAUUCCCGUGGCCUCUGGCAACCAUUCACUGCCUUUCUCGGUGACAAUCCAAGUGCUGAUGUUAAGAAGAAUGUUGUUGUUACCGUUUCCUCGGACAAAGGUCUUUGUGGUGGAAUCAAUUCCACAUCUGUCAAGAUAAGCAGGGUUUUGCACAAAUUGAAUUCCGGGCCUGAUAAAGAGACAAAAUAUGUCAUACUGGGAGAGAAGGCUAAGGCUCAAUUGGUACGUGACUCAAAGAAAAAUAUCGAGCUCUCCCUUACUGAAUUGCAGAAGAAUCCUCUGAAUUACACUCAGGUGUCUGUCUUGGCAGAUGACAUUCUAAAGAAUGUGGAGUAUGAUGCAUUAAGGAUUGUUUUCAACAAAUUUCAUUCUGUUGUUUCAUUUUUGCCAACAGUGUCAACUAUACUAUCUCCUGAGGUUAUCGAGAGAGAGGCUGAAUCAGGAGGAAAGCUUGGGGAACUAGAUUCAUAUGAGAUUGAAGGUGGCGAGACAAAAUCUGAAAUUCUUCAGAAUCUGGCUGAGUUCCAGUUUUCUUGUGUAAGUAAUUUUAAAAACAUUCUGACAAAAUAGCUUUUAGUGCAUUUUUUUUGCUUUACUAUAAUGGAUAUUAAUAUAAACAUCUUGUAUUGGCCUAUUGAAAUUUUAUGGUAAUGUUUCUUUUACUUAGUUCAUAGGAAAUGAUAACUCGAUAUCUUUUCAUACACGUCAAAAUGAUAGAAAAAAAUAUCCUUUAACCCGACACCCGAUAUGUCUACUUUUCCUAAACUGAUGGCAAUAAAAUAAUAUCUUCACAAGAGAAAAUCGUCCCUGAUGAAAUGACUAAUUGUUGGAGCCCAGGGCAGGUCUAAACAUGAGCGGUGUAUGGGGGAUGGAUGUAUGUGUUCUUUUAUCUGCACGGGAAGAGGUUUCUAGGAUUGCAAUUGGUGACCUCCAGAGACUAGGGCAACGACCUUAUUGUUGUGCUAGGACUAACCCACAACUAUUGAAGCUAUACUAAGGAAAAGAAAGAAAGAAACUUGGAAAAAGUUCCAUGGUCGGAAUUUAUUCCUGUUGUAUAUUAUACACUUACCAUGCUAACUAGUAAAAUGUGUGAUCCUCCUUUUAAUAGACCUUUUCAUGGACGAAUUCUGAAUUGUUUUCCCAUGUCAAUAAGAAAAAUGAAAAUUUUGAU